ACGGGUGGUCGCUGAAGUCAGUCAUCAACCUCUCAACGAGUAGCGGCCGAAGAUUGCAAUCAACUUCUCAACCGGUGAUUCCCGAACGCCGUCGUCAACUUCGCAACGAGAUACAGCUGGAGGUUGGUUCCUGAACACCAUCGCCAUCUGCUCAAGGUGACCGCAGAAGAUCGCUUCCAACUUGCAGCGACGAUAUGGGGAUGGUUCUAGUGCUGUUGGCGAUGGCCACGUGCGGUUGCGAAGGAUUGGGAAUGAUGAGUUCGUACGGGAGGAGUAAGGGGACCCCCGAUGGAAGUGCUACUUCCCAGCCGCUCACAGAGGCAGGAGUGAGAAAGCCCUGCACUAACCAAGUAAACUGCACAUUUAUCAAGGGAACGACGUGUCUUAGAGGAUUCUGCUUAUGCGGCGACAAUACGCAUCCUGUUAAUGGAUUAUGCAGCGCUAUCAGAAAAGCGCCAAACCAUCGUUGCGAGAAAGAUGAAGAGUGUGUGGAUGGAGCUACCUGCACGCAACCAUCAGACACAUCGAAAUCAAACGGUGACAGCAACAACGGCGGCAACAAUAACAACAAUAGGAACAAAAAUGGCGGAGAGGACGAGGCUAUGAUUUGCGAAUGCAUGGAUGGAAUGAGGGACGCAGAUUCUUGCAAUGGUGGAUCUGCAAUGAAUCUCAACCUCAUACUGAUGGCUGCAUUGGGACUACUGGCAACUCUGAAUUCCGCACGAGUAUAAUACUGUUCGAGUGUAAACUCAUCAAAGAAAAUUUUUACAUGAGGAUCUAUAACCGGAAUAUUCACUAGCUAGUCAAUUUUUAGGCAAAUGUGCAGCGUUCUAGUCCUAAUUCCGUCGCAUUUCAAGUUAAAGAUAUAAAUGUUUCGUCCAAAUUGUUCACUCAUAACAUAUAAGAUCAAUGUUUGAAUUUUUUUCAGUGGCAACAGACACCUAGAUCAAGUAUUGUGUAUUUGAAAUGAAUAGUUCGAAUUUCUUUUGUCUCCAAAUAAUCAUCGGCAGUUCCCAUUUCUGACUUCUCUCUAUCACCAUGUCGAUGUAUUUUCACUUAGCAUAAAUACAGGGUGUCCGCAAAGUUGGGGUUUUCCUUUUCAGAAAUAACUACCCUUGAAAUAACAAAGGUAAUGUGUAGUGAAACGAGGGC